GGUCAAUCACUCUCUCCCAUUCCCUAAUCUCCUACACCCUCUGCUCUUCUCUCACACUCCUCUCACGACCUAACCCAAUUCCAUUCCCUAAUCAUUCACACGCAGGCAGGCGCCGAACCCCCCCCCCCCCCUCUCCUCUCUCUCUAGCGCCAAUUUGUUGUGCGGCGACCUCUCCGCCGGCGCGACGGCACGCAUCAAGGCGGGCAUAGUCACCCCCUUUCUUCCCCCGCCCUCUACAGCAGCUGGUGUGGCGUGGAGUGGGGAUCCAUCGGGGCUUGGAUCGAUUUGUAGUUUCUGUUGGUGGAGACUGUGAAGCCAAAUAAGAGGGUCUGCCUGAUCCAAUUUCGCUGCUCUUGAAAAGAAACCACAUUAUUGUUUGUCACACACCAGAUAUAGUCAUCACCUUGGGAGAUGGAGUAGGCAAAGGGAAUAUGCAUAUGCAAGAUUUUGGACAAUGGCUGCCCCAAUCACAGAACACUGCAAAUCUAUGUUUCACAAGUAUUUUAGUGCCGUCUCAUAUCGAUACUUCUAUAGAGACGCAGACUAGAACUUUUGCACUUGCGUCAUCAGAGAAAGAAUAUGCAUUGCUUUGCAAUACAAUUGGUGUUGGGCCAAUUGAAGGCAUUAGAAAUGAUGCUGGGUCAAUUGUAAGCACUGGAAAUGAUGCUGGGCCUAUUAGGUAUGAUGCUGGGUCAAUUAUAGGCACUGGAAAUGAUGCUGGACCAAUUGAAGGUAUUGACUUGAACAAGACACCAGCACAAAAGUCUAAGAGGAAAAAGCACAGGCCAAAGGUUUUGAAAGAAGGAAAACCAUCAAAGACACCUAAGUCCACAACUCCAAAGUCUUCCAAGGAAAAGGAAGAAAAACCAUCUGGCAAGAGAAAGUAUGUCCGUAAGAAGACACCAUCAGGCCAACCUCCUCCAGAACAGGCUGCUGAUUCAAAUUGCAGAGCUGAGCUGAAACCAGUUAGACGAUGUUUGAACUUUGAUGGGCAAUAUGAUAAGGUGGAUGCACAUCCUGGAACUCAAGCUAAGGUGACAGAAAUAUCAACUGACCCUAAGGAUUAUAAGCCAGCUGUAUCUUCUAUCAAUAAAAGCAAUGUUCAAAGCCAGUCGGCAUGCCAUGCUGAUUCUACCACCAGCUCUAUUUACAGUUCAGCAAAUCAGAUGGUUAAUGCACAGUUAUUAUCUGCACAUAACACACAGAAAGGAGAAUUGAUUGACCUCAACAGUUCUUCUUUGAAUCAGAUACAUAAUGAGAGUACUAACUUUGUGGACAAUCCUGCACAGAAUUUUCAGUCCCGAAUAAGAGAAACAUUAGAAGUAAAUCCUUUGUUAGAGCUCAAUGAUGGCAUGACACAUAAAAAUGUACCUGACCUCAACAGUUCAAUCAGUCUAUUACAGAGCAUGUCAACCAAUUUUGCUGAAUACUUGCUUUCAUCUCCUCAAGCUUCUAUAAGACAAACACAAAUGGCCAACCAGAUGCUUAAUGGUCACGGAAUGCCAGAAAAUGUGAUCACACAAACUCAAUGUUUUGAAAGAUCUUGCACAAGAGACGCAGUGGUAACUGACCAAAUGUUCAACAGUUACAUAUUGGCAAACAACGACAAUCCACCUGUCAAUACUGAGCGGAAUUCGGUGAUGGAAAACUCGAAUAAACUUGUUACAACGGAUGGCUACUUAAGGAUUAAUACCAGUCCUUACAGGUAUACCAGUGCAGCAGUCAGGCCUCAUGAUUCUCAUGACCUCUCACAUAUCCAUGCUGUGAAUACCAGAAGAGAGCAAAUUGCUUCAAAUGGUGCUCAGACUGUGUUAGGUGCAAAAUUCAAUCACCAAAAUAAUGGAUUGGCAUCUGUAAGUGCUUGCCAUGCUACCACCUCUGAGGCUUCAUAUUUUCCAGAAACUUACAAAAGAAUGAGGUUAAAUAAUCAUGAUUACAGUCUGAAUGGAGUUGUUGACAAUUGUUGUACCUCGUCUGCAUAUUUGUCUAACAAUCGGAAUGCAAAUCCGGUUUCAGCAAUAAAUUGUAACGUUUUUACACUAGCUGAUGCUCAAAGAGUGAUAGCCCGUGAGAAAUCCCAAGCUUCCCAGAGAAUGAUCAAUUUUCGAUCAUUACAAAACAGUAUGGCUAAGAGAGCAGAAAUGGAACUGCAGCAUAACAGAGCUAUGUUGCCUGGCACCACAUUCAGGGAUUCUAUUGAAGGACCUGACAAACAGUUCAGGCUUGUAACACAAGAAUGUGCACAGUCGCCUAGUAGUCCAAACAACCUACAACGACAGAAUGUUAUUGCAAAACUUGGAAAUCAUCAACUCCAGUCUUUGGGAGGCAACAUGGUUUCAGGGUCAGACUUGCCAGCUGAACUGCAUAAGCGUAGCAAUUCUCCUCAGGACGAUACUGAGAACAGUGUCUGCAUUGCUCCUCCCGAUGAGCUUGGCAGAAGCAUCAGCGGGGAACAUUUUAGGUACCCUGUCACUCGAACUAAUAUAUCAACAGGCAAUGGCAGUCUUAGAACGGAGAGUCAUCAACUGGAGACUUCCGUAAAAGUUAUUAGGACCCCAACGAACCAGACAAAUCCAUCAACGAGUAACAAUGUUCUGAGAACUGAGAAUAAUCAACUGGAGUUUUCUCCAAAAACCGUUGUAGCUAAACCCAGUGGGAAGCGAAAAGUAGGACGUCCCAGAAAAGAGUUAAAACCUGGUGAGAAGCCAAAACCUAGAGGUCGCCCAAGGAAGGACAAUAUUGUUCAUGCAAUACUUAUGUCAAAAGGUAGCCAUACUGGUCCAUCACAAAAUGUGGAUAUUUCUUGUGUCUGUGGACCUCAUGCAGAAGUUGCCUCUUAUGCAAGAGCAGUUAAUUCAGAAAGAGUUAUAGAAAGCACUGCCGGAGCUACAGCACCACUGAUAGAUUCUUUAGAUCUCAUAAUUCAAAAGAUAGUGCUGUUAGACAUUAACAAAUCAGAUGACAUUCAGGCAGCUGAACCACAUGGUGCUCUUGUCCCUUAUAAAGGAGAAGUUGGUGCAAUUGUUCCGUUUGAGGGAAAAAUGAAAAGAAAACGUUCUCGAGCCAAAGUGAACCUUGAUCCGGUAACCACUUUGAUGUGGAAGUUAUUAAUGGAACCAGAUAUGAGUGAUGGCGCAGAAGCGAUGGCCAAGGAUAAAGAGAAGUGGCUCGAUGAAGAAAGAAAAAUAUUUCGAGGACGCGUUGAUUCAUUCAUUGCUCGCAUGCAUCUUGUUCAAGGGGAUCGGCGUUUCUCUCCUUGGAAAGGAUCAGUUGUGGAUUCCGUAGUGGGGGUGUUCCUUACUCAGAAUGUUUCAGACCAUCUUUCCAGCUCUGCCUUUAUGGCUCUUGCUGCAAAAUUUCCUGCAAAACCAGAAGUCUCUGAAAAACCUGCAGCUGGGGUGUUUCAUACAACUUCAGAUGAGAAUGGCUCUUGUUCAAGGUUAUUUGGUGAUGCUGUCAAAUUGCAAGGUGAGAUCCUUGUUGAAGAGGCAAGUAACACAGCAGGCUCCUUAAUCACAGCAGAAGAAAAGGAAGGAAGUGAUAAUACUGAAUUGUUUGGAAGUUCUUCUGGAGAUGGACUGGACUAUGCAGCAGGAGUUUAUUCUGAUUCUUAUAGGAAGCUGCCGGCUAGACUCCAUGAAAAAAGCAGUCAAGUAGCAGCUGGAACUGGGAGUUUUGUUGAAGCUGAAGAUGGGUCGCUGGAGGAUGUUGUUUCAUCACAAAACUCUGCCAUUUCAUCUCAAAGCUCCCCAGAUUACCGGUUUCACAUAAAUGAGCAUAUGCUUUCUAGCACAUUGCUAAAGUUUACAGCAGAGGACUUCAUCCACAGAAAUAUGCCUAACGGUACAAGCAGUUCAGCUACGUAUACAGAACUUCUACGGAUGCAAGAGAUAAAGAGCAAGUAUAAUGAAAAUAUUGCAUCAUCGGAAUAUCAUGAAGUUCCAGAUCCAUUUACAAAUAAGGGUUCACUGCUCCAUGAAUUACAAAAUCUCAGAAGAAAGCAUGAUCCUCUGCAUACUUCUGUUAAUUAUCACCAGAAUGGACGAAUUCAUCUCCAUGAUAUAGCGUAUGGCAGCAACUUGGGAAGACCAUUAUACACUGCCCUUAAUACUGUGGACUAUUACUAUUCUAAUGCCACACAAGCUGAGACUAGUUCCCAUUAUCCUUCAUCUGCUCCUGGAUACGCCAGCACAAUUAAACCAACAAUUGGUGACUCUUUAAGCGCUUUGCUAUAUAGUAUGGAUGGAUCAUUAAAUCAGAAUAAAAGUCCAUUCCCUUCUGAGCCUACACAAGGUGCUGACUUGGUUUCACCGAUAAUUGAUACAUAUUUUCAACCAUCAAGUUCAGAGAUGGUGUCAUUUGCAAGGGACUCUUGUAUAAAAAGUCUUCCAAGGAAUGAAGCUGAAGCUACAUUUGUGAAACAGAAUGAAAAUUCGAAUUUGCAAGAGGAAUGUACUGCUAGUGCAAAGCAGAUUGGACAUGGAAAUUUUCAAUCAGAAUGCAGCCAACUGAGUGAUAAUGUUGGAAUUCAGAUAGCAAAGGAUCGAAAUGGUCAUUCAUCAAACUUAUGUCAAAAACAGAAAGCAAAUUGUGAAAGCCUAGAAGGAGUUGCUUCUGUUUUUAUUGAGACUUCCAAAGAUGCUAAAAAAGAUUCCCCUGUUCCUACUGAUGGAUCAAAAGCAAAGAAGGCAAGAGUCGGGGCUGGUAAAAAAAGAACUUAUGAUUGGGAUAUUUUAAGAAAAGAAGUGCUUUACAAUCAUGGAAAUAAAGAAAGAGGUCAGAAUGCAAAGGACUCAAUUGAUUGGGAAAGAAUAAGGCAAGCAGAUGUCAAGGAAAUAUCGGAAACAAUUAGAGAGCGAGGAAUGAAUAAUAUGCUGGCGGAACGGAUAAAAGAAUUUCUAAACCGAUUGGUGACAGACCAUGGGAGCCUUGAUCUUGAAUGGCUGCGCUAUGUUGAACCAGACAAAGCAAAGGACUACCUCUUAAGCAUUAGAGGUCUUGGACUCAAAAGUGUAGAGUGUGUGCGUCUUUUGACACUUCAUCACAUGGCUUUCCCUGUGGACACAAAUGUUGGUAGGAUAUGUGUGAGACUUGGAUGGGUGCCCCUUCAACCCCUACCUGAGUCUCUUCAGUUGCACCUAUUGGAGCUGUAUCCAAUGCUGGAAAACAUACAGAAGUAUCUCUGGCCUCGACUAUGCAAGCUUGAUCAACGGACAUUGUAUGAGCUUCACUACCAAAUGAUAACUUUUGGGAAGGUGUUUUGUACAAAAAGUAAGCCAAAUUGCAAUGCAUGCCCAAUGCGAGCUGAGUGCAAGCACUUCGCGAGUGCAUUUGCUAGUGCAAGGCUCGCUCUUCCUGGACCUGAAGAGAAGAGUUUGGUUACAUCCAGUACUCCAGUCGCUGCAGAGGGCUGCAACCAUACAUAUAUAAAUUUUAGGACUGCAAAUCAAAAUGAGGGCUCCAACCAGACAUAUAUGAGUUCCAGGCCUGUAAGUCAACUUGAGUGGAACUCACAUGCCCGCGGCCAUAUCUUGGACAAUGGCCAUCCAAUCAUCGAGGAGCCAGCAAGCCCGGAACUAGAACCUGACGCUACAGAGAUAAAAGUAGAUGCAAUUGAGGAUGCUUUCAUUGAUGAUCCUGAAGAAAUUCCUGCUAUCAAGCUUAAUUUCACAGAGUUUACACAGAACCUAAAGAAUUAUAUGCAAGCAAAUAACAUCGAGAUUGAAGAUGCUGAUAUGUCGAAGGCCUUGGUUGCUAUAACUCCUGAAGCUGCUUCUAUCCCAACUCCUAAGCUCAAGAAUGCCAGUCGCCUAAGGACAGAGCACCAAGUCUAUGAACUGCCGGACUCACAUCCACUUCUGGAAGGACUUGACCAGAGAGAGCCUGAUGAUCCUUGUCCUUACCUACUCUCUAUAUGGACUCCAGGCGAAACAGCUCAAUCAACUGAUGUACCUAAGACAUUUUGCAACUCCCAAGAAAGCGGUAAAUUAUGUGAAAGUUCUACAUGCUUUAGCUGCAACAGUAUACGAGAAGCACAGGCCCAGAAAGUCAGAGGAACAAUUUUGAUACCAUGCCGGACAGCAAUGUGGGGAAGCUUCCCACUUAACGGGACAUACUUUCAAGUAAAUGAGGUAUUUGCCGAUCAUGACACAAGUCGGAACCCAAUUGAUGUUCCAAGGAGCUUGAUAUGGAAUCUCCCUAGGAGAACAGUUUACUUCGGAACUUCGGUUCCUACAAUAUUCAAAGGUUUAACAACUGAAGACAUACAACAUUGCUUUUGGAGAGGAUUUGUGUGUGUGAGGGGAUUUGAUAGGACAUCAAGAGCACCAAGACCACUGUACGCAAGACUUCACUUCCCAGCAAGCAAAAUUACCAGGAACAAAAAGUUAGCAGCUUCUACUGCAGCAAGAGAUGAUGAAUAGGACGUUGGGAAAACCAGUAACGAGGUACAUAGAAGACCCUGGUGAUCACUGACCUGAUAAAUGGAUGACUGACCAAUAAGUUGCCGUACUCAAUUGAAGCAUCAAUUGAAGCAUUCGAGCAAUAUGAUGCAUCAUAUGAAUGUCAGCCGCUCGCGAAGUUGUGAUGCUGACAUUAUUCGGCAAUAUUCUGUGCUUGGUUUAUACCAGCCAACUGGUUCGUAUAUGAGGGCAUAUUUGCUGCUCCGGCAAUUCAAUAGACCUGAUAGUGAGAGUCUUGUCGUCCGGCCAUUCGGGUUGUACUUUCAUGUGAAUUGAAUCGAUUGUUGUACAUGAGAAGCGUCAGCCUUUCCAAGUGAUCAUUCAUGUUGUUAGGUCAUUCAUAUGAACGUGCAUCAAUUAUUUGAUUGUUUCAUUAAUGAGGCCAAUUGGCUUUGAACA